GCGCUCCGGGGAGGCGGGAUCGGUCCGUCCCGGGGUUUGGGAUCGCGGCCGGGGAUCGCGAGUGGGAGCYGGAGCCGCCCGCGGGCAGGGAGCGCCCCACCGCCGCUAUGUCCCACUCGGUGGUCCUGCGUGGCCCUUCGCCGUGGGGUUUUCGUUUGGUGGGCGGUAAAGAUUUCAGCGCCCCGCUGACCAUCUCCAGGAUUAACCCAGGCAGCAAAGCAGCCAUGGCAGACCUGUGCCCAGGAGAUGUUAUUCUGGCAAUUAACGGAGAGAACACGGACAGCAUGACCCAUCUAGAAGCACAAAACAAGAUCAAAGCAUGUGUGGACCAGCUGCUGCUCUCCGUGAACAGAGCUGAAGGGAAGACCUGGUCACCCCCUGUCCUGGAAGAUGGCAAGGCUCAGGCAUACAGGAUCAACAUGGAGCCGGAGCCACAGGACAAUGGCCCUGCCCAGAGCAGGAGAUCAGUGCCCCACGGAUCUGGGGGCAGCCCCAUGGACAGCAGGCAGAUGCUGAACGUGCAGCACCACCAGCCCACGCGGCUCUACGCCAACAGCAGCUCCGAGUCGGCGCUCCCAGGACAGCUGAGYGGACUGCACAUCUCUCCUGCCCACAGCAUUGACCCCAUGAAGUCUCUCCCACGGAACAGAAACGGGAUUGAUGUGGAGUCGGAUGUCUACAAGAUGCUGCAGGACUAUGAAAAGCCCGUUUCRGAGCCAAAGCAGUCUGGAUCCUUCCGAUACUUACAGGGCAUGCUGGAGGCUGGUGAGAAUGGUGAAAAACUCGACAAACUGAGCAACCCCCGAAACAUGAAGCCCCCGGUGCCAAAGCUGGGUGGUCCCAUGUCCGGGCUGCAGAUGCUUCCUGAGUGCACCCGCUGUGGGAACGGGAUCGUGGGCACCAUCGUCAAAGCCCGGGACAAGCUCUACCACCCCGAGUGCUUCAUGUGCGACGACUGCGGCCUCAACCUGAAGCAGAGAGGGUAUUUCUUCAUCGAGGAGCAGCUGUACUGCGAGACRCACGCCAAGGAGAGGGUUAAGCCCCCCGAGGGAUAUGACGUGGUGGCUGUUUAUCCCAACGCCAAAGUGGAACUGGUCUGAGGUCGGGCRGCCGCUGCCCACCCACGUCCUCCUGCCGGGGCUGUAAUCAACCCCGAUUACCAAAGCCCCAGUUAAAAUGCCUUUUCUAGAUAAAACCGUUUACACUUGGGAUCUCCGGGGGAUGGUGUUGAAAGCAUUUGAACAGGUUUUUCCCUUCUUUUUGACACUCUGCUUUUUGGGUUGCUGUGUUGGGUUAUUAGUCUGUGCCAUAACCUUAUCCAAGAUCUGUGUAAAUAUUGAUUAAUUCUCUACUCUGUUUUGUAUUAAACCAGUAUUCCUUUUUUUUUUUUUUUUUUUUUUUUU